GUAUUCUUCGACGCACUAUACCAUACAUCACGCGCCAUCAUGAGUGUUCGCGAUCUCCUGGCUGGCCAUGUACAUGCCCAUCCAACUUUCAGUUCUAGCUUUGCUCCCCGGCUAGCGUCUCCUCAUCCUAUUUCCAUGACCAUCGACGUGCAGUUGUCUGGCCACUCCCUCAAGUCGGAUCCUGCAGACAUGUACUGCCCCCAAGUUCGUCGUUCCCCGCUUUCCUCCGACGAUUGUGCCGUAAACCAUAUCGAUGUUGUGGCUUGCUGGAAAGGGAUUACCCUGCGCCAGGCUUCAGAAUUGCUCAUGUGGGAGCAUUUCCACAAUGAUGCGUUGAUGACUCAAGUGUCGGAAACUUUGCGUACCAUGGAAAAUUUGUCAUAUAGUAGCUCACGCAUGGUCCCGGUCAAUGUACGACGUCUGGUCUACGACAUGAUUGAUAUGUGGUAUCAACAUAUCAGAUGCGGUCAGGAUCGCCUCACCAGUGAUUCUUGGUUCGUUGCUACGCUGGAUCUGCCAUCUAUGGUAUUCAACUUUAUUCGUACUCGCGACUACUACCUGAAUGAUGGUCCCCGAUGCUACGUUCAGGUCGCCAUCAGCUCCACCGUGUCUGAUUCCCAGCUGAAGAUCUUGGCUACAGUCAAUUGGCACCCACCCACUGUCGAGUUUCCUGCCCUGCCGAUAUCUCUGAGCUCGGGGGAGCAAUACUGUAUCACGCCCGAAUUCAUACCCCAGAAUUUGGGAUCCCCAACCUUCUCCGCACUGCACCCCAAAGUCGAAUUCUCUGCAACCUCCAACACAAUAACUUUCAGAUGGGAUCAUGCUCGGCGUUGCUUCAAAGCAACUGUCCCCAGUGUGAUUACCACCGAAGAAUUGUGCCUCGAGAGCUCUAGCCGCGAAGAUCCUCGCGUUCACCAGUUGCUAUCCAACCUAUAUGAAGCUUCCCCGAGGGCUAGCAGUGCUGAAACAACUUUGACUGCAAUUGCGUCCAUGACCUUCACUGAUGGUGUGCGCUUUGAACGCGAGAGCCGCUACAACAUCAAACUGGUCAUUAUCGACCCGGAGCCAGCCAACGUUUCAAAAAAUGGCGAUAAAGAGACAUGGCAGCAUAACCUGCAAUUGCCCCACAGAAGUUUGACGAUCUCCAAGGAUAUCCCACGUAGCGACUCUGCAGUCGAGAUAGCCGAUCCUAAAAUCGGGGGCUUCAUUGCAUCGAGACCAGCCGCGCCAGACACACCUGCGCCAAGCCCACGUUGGCAGCCAUCGUUGACGGUUACUCCCAAUGAUAAAUUUCCUUCCAAUGCAGAUGCAGAUGCAGUCGCAGGCGAAGAUGAUGAUACUUGGAUGGAGGAUGGCCUUGGCAACUACGGUACCACCCAGGGCAUUGGCAAUACCACUGCACGUGCUAUCCAUCCCAAUUCAAUGACGAGUUGGGCGAAGAAGCUUGAUGAAAAGGCCAAACAUACAAAAUCACGCGCAUAUGAAGCUAGCCUGGGAGGUUACAAAGUGAUGCGCUCACUUCGGAAGAAGGGGAGUGUCAAGCGUAUGGUGUUUUCCCGACUCCCCCUGGCGAACACAGAUUUCCCCAUCGCCAACGGGCACUCCGCUUCGGUCAGCCCCAAGAAUGUGGCUGUUGCAUACUCAUUUAGUCCUCGGAACGAAAACAGCGGGGAAGGUCCCAAAAUUCCCACUAUCGACGGGCACACUGCUGCGUACGACAGCGAGGAGUCUUCCAAUGACGAUAACGCUACAUGUUCGCCCCUGAGUCAGACCAAGAUUCAGUGCAAUUUCAGGGAUUUCUUGCGCAGUGGAGGCAGUGUCGGAAAAGAGCCCAAUACCUCGGGCUAUUCCAAUAACGCAGGGGAAGACGAGCAGGAGUUUGAGCGCAUCUUCAUGGAGACGUGGGAAGACACUGAGGUCGAUGGCGUCGAUGAAGAUGAUCGUCAGAACGGGGGAAUUUAGACGCAGGGGCUUUGUUCCGCUGUGUCUGGUUUUAGCGUAGACUAUCCUUCUGUUCUCGUUUCUUUCUGCUUGAAUUGAUUUGGGUAUCUCUUACAUCUUCUUCCCCUCAUCCCU